UCCAUGUCAAGCUCACUUUCAGAAACGCAUCUAGAGCAGAACUGAAGAGUUCGGAGCCCACUUAAAGCACAACUGAGAAGAGUCGAAACAUGCCAAUUGUGUCUAAAGACGAAAUGGCACAAAAAUUUCAACAGAAUUGGCGCGAAAAGAAUCCAGACGAUGUUGUGGCCGACGAUGGUACGCUCAAUGUCGAUGACGGCUUGACCAGUCUCAAUUGGCUUCAAAAUCUGAACAUCAUGACUAAAAUCGGUGCUCCUACUCCCGAGACUCCUCCGGCUAGUCCCAUUUCUUCCCCCGAUUGCUCCUCCAAGACCAUGUCUAUGCUGGGAGCGGAUAGAUCUUCAGGGGGUGAGAGUAGUUUUAGAACCAAAAUGGGUUGCAGAAGCGUGGCAGAAGAGAUCGACUACAAAACCAAUGGGACGGUCAAACCCCCCUAUUCCUAUGCCACUUUAAUCUGUAUGGCUAUGAAGGCCAAUAAAAACAAGAUGACUCUUUCUUCCAUCUAUAAGUGGAUCAAAGAAAAUUUUAUGUACUAUAAGAAUGCCGAUCCUAGCUGGCAGAAUUCAAUCCGACACAAUUUAUCUCUCAACAAAUGUUUCAUCAAAAUACCUAGAAGCAAGGAUGAGCCAGGUAAAGGAGGAUUUUGGAGACUUGAUCCUACAUACGCCGAAUCACUGGUAGACGGCGUUUUCAAAAAACGUCGGUUAUCUCAAAGAAAUUGCGGAAUGGCCACGACUCGUCGAUCCAGGAAAGAUAAGGUAGUCAAAGAAAACGGAGGGGUCAAAGCGUUAAGAGAUAUCAUACAAGAUACACCUCCCAAUUCCGCCGGUUCGGGCUUCUCGGGCUGUGAUUCUGAAUACCAGCUAAACGGAAUGGAGCACAUAUUAAAUCCCUGUCCGAAUCCUGUCCCGAAAAAUCUGUGUCAGGACUCAUUUCAAUCCAGAGUGAUAGCAUCAGGUACGGUCCGAACGACGGAUCAUCCCAUUGCAAUUGUAAACGUACAGAAUGGAGAAGAGAUUUGCGACCUGGGAGACAACUUACGCAACGACCUGUGCUGGAAUACCAUUCUGGCUGAAGCUGAUUUGGACUUAGUAAAUUUCGAGAAGUAUCGACCCGACGAAGGCACUGUGCCCAAUGGCGUACCUCCCCCGACAGGCGUACCUCAACCGCCGGUGGCUCAACAAAUCCUGUCGCCUCCACCACUGGUGCUAGACGACGAUCUCUUCAGUUCUGAAGGAAGCAAUUCAGAACUGGCUAGCGAUCUUGAUCUAUCGUCAUCGUGUGGAGAUGCCAUCGGUAACUUACGCCCCUCCGAACCCCAGCCACAACCUUCUGAUUGGUGGGCGUGCUUCCAACAACAUCAAAAUGAACUCUUGUGUUUACCCCCUUCAUUGCUCAACCUACCAACUACUCAGUCUACCGUCAAUCCCACCGUUUACGCUCUGCAACACCCAGAAAGUCCCUCUUAUUCCACAUUCGAACAACAGGCCAACAUGCAGGAGACUCCCAAUCAGCCUUGGGCCGACUGCAAGGCUGCUUUAGAAGCCGCGGCUCUGGAAUUGGAAGAUUUCGGAGAUUUGGACACAGUACAUGCCUACUAGAGAAUUAAAACACUCUGGAGGCUGGCUUUCUGUUGUUUGGUUCACCCAUAGUCAGGCUUCCUCCCCUUUGUGAUGUAACGGUGAAGUUUUGCGCUACUGUUUGUAUCCCGGGAUGGGGACGAUCCGUCCGUCGAGUCCAGUUUUUUGCGAAAAUCCGUCCAAACAAACAAAAUUAACAGUCGCGCGUUGGCCGAAGAGAGCCAUCCGGGCAUUUUAAUCAUUUUGGCAAAUUAUCUAACCUGUCACAAUUUUGUAGUGUCGGGGUGGUGGCGUCUCUCGGGAGGCUAGCCAUCACUCCAACUAAUAUAUAAAUAUAAAUAUAUAUAUCCGAUGGGAAGCGCGGUGACGUCGUGCCGUCCACCACUCACUCAGACUCGCCGAUUAAAGCUUCCAUCCGUUGAAAGUCGCUUUUUAAGAGAUUAUUCAGAAAACUACGAAAGUCUAUUUUGAAAGAUAUCUACAUAGUGUUCAGUAUUGCCGAGGAUAUACUCGUAAUAGAGUAGAAGGUUACAGGUUGCAGAUUUUACUAGCGAAUAGUCAAAACUUUAGUGUAGAGUGUACAGAGUGUUCUCGUGUGAAUUUUUGUAUCAAUUAAGUCUUUACGUCGUUUUAAAUUUCUUCAUCUUUCGGGUUCGCCCGCUGACUCCGUUCUGAGUAGAACCAUUCUGUCUACUUCUGCACCGGCUCGUCCGUCCAAGUUUUGUGCUCAUCCGUCCAGUCGCGUAGUGGCUGGCGCAGCUCUCUAGCAUCGAUCUACUGUUCUGUAUUGGCUGGGGAAGGCAGAUCGAUGCAAGAGUAUAAUUGUGUGCCAUACGCUAGCUUCUUAUUCCGCUUCUCCCUCGGUUGUUCCGCCAAAAGCACCGAGUAUUGUCUAGCCACCACCGACUCGCGCCAGGCAUCCCCCUACUUAGUUGAACAGCUCGCGCCACGCUUUCGAUUUUUACACUCUAGUCACUACGUCGGGCGUGGGUCCGGUGGUGCCUACUUACUGCAAUGUAUCACCGAGUGAGCAGCGUGUUGUGGUUUGAAUAAAUAAACUGGUCACUCUCGUCUUUCUGUCUCGAUCGAAUGUACUUCUCCGCUCGGCGUUUCUCCAAUCUAAAACAAUGUUUCAUACAGACAUCUUUUGCCCAAUCUCCAUCACACUUAUUAUUCCUUCUCCCUUGUAAUAAGAUUUUUGUAUCUGGUGAUUCUUUAGAUAUCUGGCAACAUCACCAGAUAUCUAGAGAGUUAACAGAUACUAAAAAGUCUUAUUUAAUCUACACAAAAUCUAAUAAGGAGAAGAAAGUGGGGGUAACUCGCGCCUCGUCCGAUUAAAUCCGCAGAUUCGCACUAAUCCCCUUUCGAAAAGUUUAACGCUUAAUGCAUUCAAAUGGCAAGAAUGCUUUUCCAUCGAUCGACAUGCGUGAUGUCUCGCAGUCACGUGACCAAGUAUAGGGGUUUCAUCAGCUAAAUUGGAACGAAGGCGCAGAACUUGCGCCUCGAUCUUUUCUUUGUGUUCCCAUUGUAAUGGCGGAUAAAUAAAAUAUACCCCUUCACCACAUAAUCGUUCCCCCACGAAAAAUUACUAUCAUUAUGGGAAAAACAGAGUUAUCAAUUGUAGAGAGAACUUACAUUAUCCCUUUGUUUCCUCCGAUCCACGAGUCUAAUAUAGAUUCAAAAAACACCAGAUGAAAGAAGAAGAGAGCGCCAAAAUAAAAAAAGCGGAGAAGGAAUAUCGAGCGUUGCUCCACUCGGAGCUAAUUAAAAGUGUUUUUGUUUGUGCAUUUCUACGAUUGAACUUCUUCUGAUAACGUCACGCAACAAAAACUAAAUAAAAAAAAUUAAA